GGCAGGACACUGAAAGCCUGUUCGCACCUCAUGCAGAGUGACGACUCUGGCGGGAAUUCCAUGCUCUGAAAAAUAAUCAGAUGAAAAUAAUCAAGUUACAAUACUUGACAAUCAGCGUAGAAUAACAUAUACAGCACGUGUCAUGGGCGUUUGCUGUGGCACCGUAUGUGUGGCCACGGGCCACUGCUUCUCUUCCAACUCCUUUCAUCCUGCCAGUCACUUCCUCGUAAACAUGCAAUCAUCCCUAGUUUCAGCCGCCCAGACUGAAGCGAACACUAAUACGCGUACACCAGCGAUGGUGAAGGCAGUGCUACAAAUGAAAUCGCUUCUACCUGUAAUCGUCCCUUACUUGGACAACAAAGACAUAGCGAGUCUUCGCCUAGUUUCGAGACACAUCAAAGGGUACCUCCCUGCUUCUUUCUUUUGGCGCAAAGUCAAUGGUGUAGAACGUCUUCUUCGUGUUUCUCCUGUGCCAGAGGAACCCGCUCGAGAGCUGGCGCGUACUGACUCACAAAUGAGUAACAAGUAUGACAACGAUCCAGAUGCACCAUCUGUACCUGGUCGAUUUCCACGACCCUACUCUGUGGAACAUGUUUAUGAGACAAUUUUUGAUGACGCUCGACUUAACGUGAAUGUUUGGGACAAUUUUAAGAAUCACGCACGAUUGAUCAACACGUUCUCGUAUACGUCGUCCACUAUCCAACAGAGGUUGCAGAGAGACGGGAUCUGGCUGGCGAGAGAAAAUCGGUUCUCAAUGAUCGUCAAGCAUUAUCCUGGUCCUGGUCCGAUUUUUCCCAAUCUCCAGAACCUGACAUGGAGUUGUCCCGACGACGCACGCUUGUUUGAUACACUUCUUAACAUUAUCCCACCAGGUUUGCUAGAAUUCACUUUUUGCACUGGAGUUCCACCACACGCCCGGAAGCUACAAACGCUGCUCGCGAGUCUACCUCAGCGCGCACCCAAUUUAGUGAAACUCCGUCUAGAAUUCUCAUAUUCCCUUACCGAAGACAACAUAGAUGGGAUGUUGGGGCGCAUGGUCUCGCAGUUCAGCAAUUUGCAAGUCUUGGAGCUCGUGGGCUUUUGUCUUCCACCCAAGCUACUUGAAGUUCUUUCCAGGUUACCCGCAUUACGGGAAAUCCGAAUAGUAGAACCGGAUCGCAUUUUAACACCAGGGGAACGAGAACUUCGAUUGAAGGCCCCACUUCGACCGAACGCUUUCCCCGCACUUACUCAUUUAAUCAUCAUAGCAAGACUAUCAUAUGUGGAAUGUUUGUUGAAUACACCACAUUCUUUCAAGUCUCUGCAGGAAUUGGAUAUAACCAUAGUUGAUUCCAACCAACUCAACGGGAGAAGCAUCAAGCGUUUCUGUACUAUCGUAUCUUCGAAUUUUCCCACACUCCGAAGUCUGGCACUGCGAGAAGAAGAUGCGCUGAAUCAACCUAUGGAUAUCGAUGCAGAAUUCUUUCAACCUCUCGCGCAAUGUAAACAAUUGGAAUGCUUCGUAGUUGAUUGGUACCAAGAUUUCCGUCUUCGACCUUCCACCUUGAAAGCUUUGGUGAAAGAUUGGCCUCUUCUAAAGCAUAUUGAAAUUCGAAGCGUGACAGCAUACCUAUCUUUGAGAAACUUGCUGCUCUUAACGCGGCACUGCCGCCUCUUGCGAGAAGUCCAAAUCCCAUUACGUCUCCUGGUCGGACAUGUAAACGUCACGGAAUCCUUAAACAUGUAUAAACGAAGCGGCCAGGAUAUCUGGCGAGCGCAGAAUUUGCGUGAACUGAGGUUUACCCUUGGAACGGCAGAGGUCCAGUCGAAGGAAGAGGUGGCAACUUUCCUUCACAGGGUCUGCCCCCCUACGUGUUUAUUGUGUAAUGAUGGCGUUUACCAGGAGGCGUUUAUCAUGAUCAGAGAGAAAGUCGAUACACUACGUGCACAGAGUGCACUCACCGAUCAAGUGAUUCAGCAACUGAAAGAAGAGAAUGAACGUCUAAGAACAGAUAAUGCGAAGUUGAAAACUCUUCUAUCUAGGCAUCGAAAACGCAGUAAUUCUUGAGUUUCUUCAGGCGCGGAUUCGGACUUGCAUUACAGUGGCUUGUGCAAUGUAUUUAUGAGUUUGUGAUUUCCGAGGAUUCGUUCGUGUAGAUUCUUGUUAGCUCUCCCCCUUCGAUACUAGAUCACCAGCUGAGGUCCUUGAAUAAUGAAACUAAGAAUGUCUC